GGGGAGGACGUUGUUGACAGAGCUGCCUGCGUCUCAGUCCAAAAUGGCUCCAGUCCCCCGCCACCGGAGAGAGUUGGAGUGUCACAGGAGCGGGCUGGGCUGGAGAUGGUGAUAGCGGAGCGGGACAGAGAGAUCCUGCGUCUCCGGGAGGAGGUGAGGAGGCUCCAGCUGAUGCUGCAGGAGGCCCAGGAGAGCACAGCCAAUCAGAUCGCACUGCUGGAGGGACAACUGGCCCGUAAAAUGGAGAAUAUAGAGAGGCUUCAAGUGAAACUCCAUUCCCAACAGGAUUACGAGCAGAUCAAAACAGAACUCAGAAUUUUCCGGGCCAUGAAAGAAGCUUCGCUUAACGGCCGCGUUUCACAGCUGUGCUCUCCCCUGUCUGAGAGGCUGCUUCCAAUGAUGUCCCUGAGGUCCCUAGCAGAGAGCCCUGCUGUCUCCGCCACUAGAGAGCUGGAAAUGAAGAGGGAGGCGCAGACUCCAGUGGGACUGGCCAUGGUCUCUAUGGUCACUCCUCCGUCCGGCAGCCCGCGAGCCCCCAUCUCCUCCUCCCAGGGCUCCUCACCCCGCACCCUCCCCCUCAGCCCUCUUUCCCAGUCCCCCGACAGACCCCUCCUGUCCCCCCUCAUCAAGCCUGAGCCCAGCCCUCCAGCGCCCUACCCUGAGAGCCUCUACUUGCCCUCCAAGACCACCAUCUCCGAGGGCAGCCGAAGUCCGUCACGAGCCAGCCACCACAGCUCUGAAGGCGGAGGGAGCAGCAGGGAAGGAGGCCUGAUGGGAGAUCCAUGGGAAGGUGGUGGAGGAGCAGCAGGAGGAAUAGGGGGAGCAGGAGCAGGAGGGGAAAGAGGGGGCCUCAGGGGGGAUGUGGAUGGAGAGGGAGGCGAGGGCGAGCUGAUGGAGACAUCGGAGAUCGCCGUGCAGGUGAAGGAGACGCUGCUCAGGCACAACAUCGGCCAGAGGGUGUUUGGCCACUACGUGCUGGGGCUGUCCCAGGGCUCGGUCAGCGAGAUCCUGGCAAGGCCCAAACCCUGGUGCAAGCUGACCGUCAAGGGCAAGGAGCCCUUCCUCAAAAUGAAGCACUUCCUGUCUAAUGAACAGAACAUUCUAGCACUUCGUAACAUCCAGGUCCGGCAGAGAGGCAAUAUAACGCCACGGAUCCGUACUCCAGAAACGGGCUCAGAUGAAGCCAUCAGGAAUAUUCUGGAACAGGCCAAGAAAGAGAUCCAGAAGGAAGGUGAAGACCCUUCCACCCAUAAAAGCCCCAGCUCCGGCCCCAACGGGAGGUUCUCCGCCGGGCGAGGUGGCUGCAGCAGUAGUAGUGGUGGCGCUGGAGGGGACAGCGAUGACACCAUCAAGGCCAUCCUGGAGCAGGCACGCCGCGAGAUGGUGGCCCAGCAGCAGCACCAGGCCCUGAGGGAGAUGGCGGCAUGCCACUGGGGCACUGGUGGUACCACCGCCACCACCACCACCACCAUCAGCAGCAGCCCAGCAUCAACCCCUAUUGCGUCCACCCGGCCCACCACCACAGUGAAGCAGGAGGGAAGAACCAAUGUUAACAUCUCCACCCCACAGAUGCUUCAGCAGACCACCACCACCCCUCUGAGCGUCAUCUCCCCCAAGGACUUUGUCCAGAACAUCAUCCGCAAGGUGAAGAGCGAGAUUGGGGACGCCGGCUCCUACCAGGCCAACCAUUGGGCCAACUCCUCAUCCAUGAACCACCACCCGCUGACCUCCGUGUCACCAUCGCUUUCCACCUCCACCACCUCCUCCUCCUCUCCCUUCGCGGGUCACAGUUCAUCCUGGAUGGACCCCUGGACCCGUGCACCGUUCAUCAAAGAACCAAGAGAGCAGGAGGAGGCUGCCGUGUCGAGUGAAGGAGAAGGAGGAGUACAGAGGGUGAGGGUGAAGGUGGAGGUUGAGGAGGAGGAUCAGGCCUUGGGGCUCAGGCAGGAGGAAGGAGCAGCUGCACCGGAGAACCUCUCACCGUGUUCAGCCUACGUGACUCGUCCACCGAAGCCUGUGGUGCCGCCACUGACUCCAGAUCAGUACGACGCCUUCACACACCAGCUGGUGGACACCAUCCUGCUGACCAGACAGGUCAAGGACAGGCUGGCACAGAAGGGCAUCUGCCAACGCAUCUUUGGAGAAAAGGUGCUCGGCCUGUCCCAAGGUAGCGUGAGUGACAUACUGUCGCGACCCAAGCCGUGGAGCAAGCUGACCCAGAAGGGGAGGGAGCCCUUCAUCCGCAUGCAGCUCUGGAUGCAGGGUCAGCUGGGGGACAACCUGAGCCCUCCUAGCCCCGCAAACCACCUCCCUUCUCUGGAUCAGGACCCAGUGAUGGUGAGCCCCUCUCCCAGUGCCGAUGAGGAGCCAGCUGGGCCUCUGAGCGAGCCAGGCAGCCUGAGCCUGGAGAGCAGCAAGGAGAACCAGCAGCCUCCACAACAGCAGCAGCCACAGCAAGACCGCAACCAGAUGAUGUGUCUCCUGCCCCCGCUGGAGCUGCCACACCCGGCCCUGUCUGUCCUGGACGUCCAGCAGCUGGCCAUCCUGUCCCCAGAGCUGGACACGCUCAGCAUCACCCGGAGGGUGAAGGAGGUCCUCAACAGCAAUAACCUUGGCCAGCGUUUGUUUGGGGAGAUGAUUCUGGGUCUGACUCAGGGCUCAGUCUCGGACCUCCUUGCGCGUCCCAAACCCUGGACCAAGCUGAGCCUGAAGGGCAGGGAGCCGUUUGUGCGCAUGCAGUUGUGGCUCAAAGACCCCCAGAACGUGGAUAAACUCCGAGAGAUGAAGAAGAUGGACAACCGAGCGUACCUUAAACGCCACCAUGGUCUCCUGAGCUCCAGCCUGGAGCGAGACUCCUCCCCAGCCAGCACUUCAGACAUGGGCCCCCACCUGGAGGCUUCUCACCCCGGCCAAGCCAAGAAGCCCCGUGUGGUCCUGGCCUCGCAGGAGAAGGAGGCCCUGAAGAGGGCUUAUCAGCUGGAGCCCUACCCCUCCCAAAGCACUAUAGAGCGCCUCUCCAGCCAGCUGGGCCUCAAGAUCAGCACAGUCAUUAACUGGUUCCACAACUACAGAUCGCGCAUGAGAAGAGAUAUGGAAGAGGGAGACCUGCUCAAAGCAGACGGCAUGAAGGCGCUCCCUGCUGAUCUCCAGGACAUGGGUCAGAUGCACUGCAGCCAAAGUCCCUCCCCCCAGGGCCACAGUUCUCUUGGCAUGCCCGUAGGCAUGGUGACUGUCAAACAGGAACCCUGGGAACCGAGGGAUCUAGAGGAGGAACCAUCAGAGACUUCUUCUACAGCUCAUCCGACCAAAUACAUGUCCGCCGGUGUGCAGUUUGCUGGCAGGCUGGAAAUGAAAGAAGAAAGCCUGAGCAACCCCUCUCCUCGGCCGUGUUCCAGAGUCAGACACGAGGUCAGGGGAGAUAGUGGAGAGCCGAUAGCUGGCCUGUCGAAGCCAUCAGACAGACUCCCAGGCACGCCGCCAGCGCACCACCACGCAUCAGAAGACCACCAGACUUUGUCUCCCAGCUCCAAGGGGGAUGCUGAACCCCUCAAAGCCAAUGCUGCUUCAUUGUCUCCAACACACGUUCUACCUCCAGUCUCCCCUCUUCCCACAUCCGUCACCGCGACACCACUUACCUCUGAAGCCUCCGAGCAGGCCACCACCGCGCAGCAGGGCCACGUGGCUGGGCACAACACCCAGCAGCGCAGCGCCAAAAAGGCUAACCUAGACAACAUUAUCCAUCGUCUGGAACGGGCAGCCAACCGCGAGGAAAUGCUGGAAUGGGAGUUCUAAGGAUUAUAAAGUGAUGGCCUACCCCAUAGUAACUACUAUUGAACACACUGAUAAGCUGUAGACAUUUUCUAAAAAAAAAAAAAUUAAAAAAAGACUUGGAAAUAGAGGCCAUGAAAUCAUGGUGCUCUCGAUUGGAACAUAACUUUGUCACUGUGCUGAAUUUUUGUGUGCAUUUCCUGUGAAAAUUCUUUUUAAAAGGGUUUAGGAUUAUAGCGGUGCAGUGAAGAGAGGCUUAGAAAGUCCAGUGGAAGAUUCUUGAACUGUAUGAAUGCAUGGCCGGUUUAAUAAUAAAAAUAAUAAUAAUAAUAAUUGCUGUCCUGAGAAACAUAUUAUAUGCAUAUAUGGCAGCCAUUUUUAUGGGAGAAAAAAUAUUAAUGGUCAAGUCAAGUGUCAUGACUCUUCUUGAUUCACUGUUUGCCACUUCUUGAGAUUAUAGCAGAAGUUUGUCUUAAGCCACAUGCACUACUUCGAAAAAGACUUAAUGAGUAAAAUGUAUUUAUAAAAAGCCACAUUAAUUUUUCCUUAGCUUUAUUUUUCACCUCCAUGAUGUCUAGAUUAUAGUAGUCUUGUAAGACUCUAAAAGGGAAUAUGAUUGAAUUCUGUUCAUGUAUUGUGUUUUUGUAAGGAAGUUCAAUGAUGUUGGCUACUUAGUUUGGGUAGGAUCUAUAAGAUGGAUGUGAUUAGGCAACACUAAUGUUGAGGGAAACAUAAUAAACCAUGAUUCUUCAUAUCA